AAGCCCCGGAAGGGGCGGGCCGGCCGGCGCCGGCGAUCAUGUGACCGAGCCCAAGAUGGCCGCCGCCUGGUAGCGGAAGGGAAGUGAGCGCGCUAGAGGGACUCCAGACCCUCCGCGCUUGGCCGGGGGGAGACCCUGAGAGCCGUGCGCGGGGCUGCUUCUCUCCGCCGCCGGCACCCCGUUCCCCGCCGGGCGCGAUGAACCCGGAGAAGGACUUCUCGCCGCUCACGCCGAGCAUCGUGCGCGCUCUCAACGACAAGCUCUACGAGAAGCGGAAGGUGGCGGCGCUGGAGAUCGAGAAGCUGGUGCGCGAAUUCGUGGCUCAGAACAGCACCGCUCAGAUUAAGCACGUGAUCCAGAUCCUCUCCCAGGAGUUUGCCCUUUCCCAGCACCCCCAUAGCCGGAAAGGGGGGCUCAUUGGCCUGGCUGCCUGCUCCAUCGCGCUCGGCAAGGACUCGGGGCUGUAUCUGAAGGAGCUCAUUGAGCCAGUGCUGACAUGCUUCAAUGACGCUGACAGCCGCUUGCGCUACUAUGCCUGUGAGGCCCUCUACAACAUUGUGAAGGUGGCCCGGGGCUCCGUCCUGCCCCACUUCAAUGUGCUCUUUGAUGGGCUGAGCAAGCUUGCUGCAGAUCCGGAUCCAAACGUAAAAAGUGGUUCUGAACUCCUGGACCGGCUUCUGAAGGAUAUCGUGACGGAGAGUAACAAGUUUGACCUCGUGAGCUUCAUCCCCCUCCUGCGGGAGCGCAUCUAUUCCAACAACCAGUAUGCCAGGCAGUUCAUCAUUUCCUGGAUCUUGGUUUUGGAGUCAGUGCCUGAUAUUAAUCUUCUGGAUUACCUGCCAGAGAUUCUAGAUGGACUCUUUCAGAUCUUGGGCGAUAGCAGCAAGGAGAUCCGCAAAAUGUGCGAAGUGGUCCUGGGGGAGUUUCUCAAAGAGAUCAAGAAGAACCCUGCCAGCGUCAAGUUUGCUGAAAUGGCCAACAUCUUGGUGAUUCACUGUCAGGCCUCGGAUGACCUCAUCCAGGUGACAGCCAUGUGCUGGAUGCGCGAGUUCAUCCAGCUGGCCGGCCGGGUGAUGCUGCCGUACUCCUCAGGGAUCUUGACUGCAGUCCUGCCGUGCCUUUCCUACGAUGACCGGAAGAAGAACAUCAAAGAGGUGGCCAACGUGUGCAACCAGAGCCUCAUGAAGCUGGUCACGGCUGAAGAUGAUGAGCUGGAGGAGAGCAGGCCGUCUGUGGCCCUGGGGCAGGGGGAGGCCGGUCAGGACGAGCCGGGCGCCAAGCAGGAGGGGCCCCCAGUGGGCUGCUUGGAUGCCUCCGGCGACUCCAGCUUCAGCAACACCAGCGUCUUUCUGCCCGCCAGUACGGAGAGAAUCCAGGUGACCCUGAACCUUGAUGGCAUCGUCCAGGUUUUGGACUGCCACCUUCACGACUCAACCAUUGGGAUGAUGACACGGAUUGCGGUCCUGAAGUGGCUCUACCACUUGUACAUCAAGACCCCUCGCAAGAUGUUCCGGCACACGGACAGCCUGUUUCCCAUUCUGUUGAAGACCUUGUCCGACGAGUCCGACGAGGUCAUCCUGAAGGACUUGGAGGUCUUGGCUGAGAUUGCCUCCUCUCCAGCCGGACAGACGGAAGGCCAGGGGCCGGCCGACGGCGCUGAGGGCCCCUCCGGACAUCUGGAGCUGCCCCUGCCCGCCCCGCCCAAAACCGCUCCGGCCGGUUCCUCCGGCGCCAAAGGCAUGGAGUGUUCUCCCUCAACACCCACCAUGAACUCCUACUUCCACAAGUUCAUGAUCAACCUGCUCAAGAGGUUCAGCAGUGAGCGGAAGCUGCUGGAGACCCGCGGAGCCUUCAUCAUCAGGCAGCUCUGUCUGCUCCUGAAUGCCGAGAACAUCUUCCACUCCAUGGCGGAUAUCCUGCUGCGAGAGGAGGACCUCAAGUUUGCCUCCACGAUGGUCCACACCCUCAACACCAUCCUCCUGACAUCUUCCGAACUCUUCCAGCUGAGGAACCAGCUCAAGGACCUGAAGACGCCGGAGAGCCACAACCUCUUCUGCUGCCUCUACCGGUCGUGGUGCCACAACCCUGUGACCACCGUCUCCCUCUGCUUCCUCACCCAGAACUACAAGCACGCCUACGACCUCAUCCAGAAGUUCGGGGACCUCGAGGUGACCGUCGAUUUCCUGAUCGAGGUGGACAAACUGGUCCAGCUGAUUGAGUGCCCCAUUUUUACCUGUGAGCUUCCCCUUUUUCUGUGGCUCUUUCAGUACAGUGCCUUCCAGCUCCUCUCCCACCGGCUCCAGUGCGUGCCCAACCCUGAGCUCAUGCAAGCGGCGGAUGGCUCCAAGGCCGGCCUCGGGUUCAAGAAGGCCCCCGCCACGGCCGCCAUCGACUACGCGGAGCUGCUCCAGCAUUUUGAGAAGGUGCAGAGCAAACACCUGCAGGUCCGGCACCAGCACGCCUCGCGGGGCGACCCCCUGGAGAGGCGGGCCCCCGCCUUCUGACUGACGGACUCGAGGGGCUUGGAGGAGGAGGCCGGACGCAGAAGCAGCAGCCGUCAUCAUCAUCAUCAUCAUCGGAGGGCCCCCGUGGGGCCACUCUGGGGCCUGGGGCUGCUCCCUUUCUGGCUGAGGGGACGCCCCUUGCCUGCCCCCCUCCCCAUCCAUUUGCCUGACGUUGGGUGAGGAGGUGGGGAAAGAGGGGCCUCCCCUUCCAGGAGACGGGGGUGGUGGGAGCGAGCAAAGCCCUUGCCUUCUGUGGGGUGCGCCCGCACACACACACACAUUCCAUGGGGAGGGAAUGAACGGUGGAUGGGGGCAGCUCCCUUCUUGCCCGGGGAGGGAGGUGGAGGGUGUGCAAGGGGGCCACCCUCGGUGCCUCUCCCUCAAAUUGGUUUCGCUGCAGGGUUGCAAAGAUUGCAGCCCCCCCCACUACCCGGCGGCGCUGGGAGCUGGCACGGCCGUUUUGUGUGCAUGCGCCUGUCACCUGCGACACACAUACACACACCCCCCAUCAGGACCACCCCCCUCGUGUCUGUGGCUGCACAG